GCAGUGAUGUCACAGAGGAGGAGUCAGAUGCGCCUCUACUGCGCUCACUCAAACUGUGUGGAUCCUCACAGAUGAGCGCGUGCCUUUACCUCGGAGCGCUUUGCGUGGAUUUAACCCAACAGGAAAGUCAACGGCAACUUCUAUAUAAUUGGUCUAGUUUGGAAGCUUGGUUUGACUGAGUUUAUUGGUGAAUGCAUCUUGAUUUUCUGCGAGUUCAGCUCCUGACAGGUGUUGGAGCACGCCGACCGGAGAGAGAACAUGUCCAAUGGGAAAGACGCAAAUGCUGCAGAAAACUCCUCUCAGAUGACUCUGAAAGAGAGCCUGGAUGAGUGCAUGGAGGCCUUGGAUCUCUUCCUUAACAACCACUUCAGUGAGAGCCUGGAGAGGCUGCGGCCAAGAGUGAAUGAGAGUAUGUACCAUGCUCUUAUCUACGCCACAGUGCUGGAAAUGCAGGCCAUGAUGACUUUCCAGCCCGAUGACAUCAGCAAUGCAGGAAAUACCAUGAAGAGUGCUCAGGAGGUCUGCCAGAGGUUUCGACGGAAGUCUCCAGGUUUGACUAACAAGUCAGUAGUGGAAUCACUCACUGAAGUGCAGCUUCAUGCUGAAGCUUGUUACGCAGAGUGCCAACUCCAAAGAGCUGCUCUCACCUUCCUACAGGAUGAGAACAUGGUGAGUUUUAUUAAAGGAGGGAUCAAAGUACGAAACAGUUACCUAAUUUACAAAGAACUGCAUUCCUUGAUAAAAUCUCACAGCUGUCUCAAAGGACCCAGCCACGUUCACUUAGAUGGAGGAAUAUCAUUUGGAAUAGGGGCGUUUAAUCUGACACUGUCUCUAUUUCCUCCACGGAUACUCAAAGUUCUGGAGUUUGCAGGCUUCUCUGGGGACAAGGAAUACGGUGUGUCUCUGCUGCAAGCCGGUGCGACGGGGAUGAAUCUGCGCUCCAUGCUGUGCGCUCUGCUACUGCUGUGCUACUACACCUUCCUCACAUUCAUACUAGGUACUGGUGAGGGAGAUGUGGCUGAAGCUGAAAGGCUGCUGAAACCUUUCCGGCUCCGCUACCCACGGGGAGCAAUAUUCCUCUUCUUUGCAGGCAGGACUGAAGAGAUCAAGGGGAACAUUGAUGAGGCUGUGGCACUCUUUGAAGAUGGCUGCAAGGCCCAGCAUGCAUGGAAGCAGUUCCACCACAUGUGCUACUGGGAGCUGAUGUGGUGCUUCACCUACAAGCGCGCAUGGAAGAUGGCGUACUUCUACGCAGACCUACUGAGCCAGGAGAGCCGCUGGUCCAAGGCCAUGUAUGUGUACAUGAAAGCUGCUUACCUCAGCAUGCUGCCUGACGACGAGUCCAAGCCUUUUGGGGAGGACGAGGUAGACCUCUUUAGACAAGUGCCCACUUUCAAGCAGAAAAUAGCAGGGAAGUCUCCCCCGACUGAGAAGUUUGCUAUCCGUAAAGCCAGACGUUACAAGGCUCGCUGCCCGAUCAGGCUGCCAGUACCAGUGCUGGAGAUGAUGUACAUGUGGAACGGUUUCAGUAUGAUCAGCAAACGACCAGAGCUGACUGAAGGCAUGAUGCAGACCUUGGUUGAGGCAGAGCGCUCCCUUCUGGAGUCUCCUGAAAAUGAGUAUUUGGUUGAUGACCGCUGUUUGAUCUACCUGCUGAAGGGUCUGUGUUUGAAGAACCAGGGUCUCCUCCAGGCUGCUGAGGAAUGCUUCAACAAAGUGUUUUCCAGUGAAAAGAAGAUCAGGUUUGACCACUACCUGGUGCCCAACUCUCUGGUGGAGCUCGGUCUGCUCUACAUAGCCCAAGGCAGAAGGGACGAGGCUAUUAAACUACUGCACAAGGCCAAACACAACUACAAAGAAUACUCGAUGGAGUCUCGCACACAGUUCAGGGUGCACGCUGCUCUGGCUAAACUCAAGGCUGACCCUGGGGAAGAGGACACUCACAUGUAGGAGGACUUUGUCAAGACUGGAUCAGCGCUUCACACUGGACUGUUUCCCUCACUGUUACGGCUGUUUUAGCUUAACACCCAGUUUUUUAACCUAUAUCCAUUUAACAAGUGAAUGCUGGGUAAUUCAUCCCCAUGUGUCCCUGUCUACACUAACAUAUCAUUGAACACAGGUAAAAACAUGGUUUACAAGAGUAGAAGUGUUUGACAUUUUGAGCUGAGGUAGUCAAUGUAUACAGUAGACAUUAUAUUUUAUGGACAAUUCUAUUUUUAAUCAAUCUAUUGAAAGCCACUAUAAAUAUCAAAUGUAAGAAAUUGUAUAACUUAAUGAAAUUUAUAGUAAUUACUUUAUUUUACGGUAUUAAGAGCACUACUUAAUAAUUACAAGUAAAUUCCGCAUGCUGUGCUGUUUUUGGAAUGAAAAGGUUUUAAUGUGUGAAGAUGUCAAUAGUAUUUCAACGGCAAACAUUUGAUACCGUUUUAAAACAGAAUUUUUAAAAUGGUUAACUGGCUUAAAUGUUUGACCCGCAGUCAGUAGCCAGUAUUCUAUACACAGUCAUGCAUCUCUCAUUCUGUAUGGUUGCAAUGGAAAUGCAUACCAAUACAAAAUUCAGUGUUUAGGCAUGCAAUUUCCAAAAACUUAAUGUAUUUUUGCAUAAUUCAAAUGUAAUUCACAAAUGUCUGUUUUGUCUUAAAUUACAUUAUCAGCAUUCUGUAGAUUGUCAAAUUGUAAUAUUUAUUCUCAUUUAAUAAAAAAAGGUAGACAUCUGUA